ACUAGGUCCUACCAUGUGCGUCUGAGUCUUUUGAUCCACCAGAGAGCCAUUCUUUAUGCUUGAAGAUCUCAAAACGAAGGAAAUUUUUUAGCCUUAUUGCAAUGACAAAUGUGAUUUUUUUAAAAAGAUGAAAAUUGGCUUAAAGUAUUUAUAUAAAAAAAAUAGGUAGCUGCAUCUAAUGAUUUUUUUCUGCGAGUAAUCUGAACCAUCUGCCUCUGGAAACUAAGGAGUUCACUGCCUUAAUCCAGAUUAUGGCUGACAACCUGUUCAUGGCAUACAGUUUUCACUUGCGCUGUGCCCUUCAGGAUCUGCCCAGGCUAUAGAAAUUCCAUUUGCUGCCUAGAUUGUUAUUGUCUUCAGCGGUUUGCUUUUCUGAUCUCAGCUUGCUUUUCUACAUUUUUGAGGCACAGAAGAAAAUGGCUUUCCUAGUGAAAAACAUGUUGAGCAACCAGGUGAAAAACCUGGGACUCGGUGGAGGUGGCGAAGAAAAAAGCGAAGACUCAACCCCUGCCGAUCCGGCCGCAGCGGCUGGGAUGACUCGAGAGGAAUAUGAAGAAUAUCAAAAGCAGUUGAUAGAGGAAAAAAUGGAGAGAGAUGCUGCGUUUGCACAGAAAAAGGCGGGGAGAGCCGUCAUGAGGGUUCACUUGAGAGACAAGUACCGACUACCCAAGAGUGAACUGGAUGAAACUCAGAUCCAGCUGGGCGGCGACGAUGUCGACUUGCCAGAAGAUCUUCAGAAAAUGGUGCAAGAAGAUCAAGUAGAAGAAGAAGACAAGGAUUCUAUUCUGGGGCAGCUCCAGAAUAUCCAGAACAUGGACUUAGAUACCAUCAAAGAAAAGGCCCAAACAACUUUCACAGAAAUGAAGCAGGCAGCCGAAGAGAAAUGUUCUGUGAUGUAGCAGAGACUUUUCUAAAACCAGUGUACAAGCGGUCCCCUAGGUGCGGGUGGCUACUCACUUGCUACCCCUCUAUGAGGAUAUUGUUCCUCAUUUUUUUAAAACAAAAUGUCUCUAUUGAAAAAUGUUGGGGGAGGGAGUAGGGUUCUAAAAAUGCAGCCCAUGAUCCAAGAUGGAGUUGAAAAAGGCAGUUGUGACCAUUGGUCCUUUUCAAAUGCUUUUGAGUUUUGAACUAUAAGACGAGAUUUACUUCCUCAUCCUCAGUGGAAGCUGGUUUGGCAGUUUAACCUGGUUCGGCUUCCUGGGUUUUGAAAAUAAAUGUCACAGUUCCCUUCGGGGAUAGUAGAGCAGAGGUUUCCUUAGAUGAGUGAUGCUAAAGCUAUUUGACUCCAUUGCUUUAUACGGACUUCACUAAGCAGUAAUAAAGAAGGGGUCUCCGUUAUUUUCCAGUCAGUUAUUUUCCAGUGAGUUGUAAUAGAAUAAAGGGACCAGUGUUGUGAUGUAAAAGAUUAACACCCAAUCUUUCCUUCCCCAUAGUUUAGGUAGAGUUUUUGAGAGGAAAAGAUGGAAUGAAAAGAAAACAUGCCCGAUACUUUCAGACUACUGAGUGUUUGGCUUCACACACACAUUGCUUCACACACACACAAAAGCUCAGGACUGUAAUUGUAGUUACAAACAUUUGUACCCCCACCUUUCUGCCCUGUCAGAACAACUGAGGUGGGUAACAAUUCAAACAAAGCAGCAUAAAAGCACACCAUAAAAACAAUUAAAACCCAAAUUAAAAAUGUAAAAGCACAGAAGAACAGUCAUUGAAACAUGGGGUAGGGAGGAAAGAUAAUUGAGAGAACAUCAGACAAGAUGACAGAAAGAGACAGAUGAAUAUCCCCAGGGAGAGAAUUUCAUAGCUGUGGUGAUGUUAGAGAAGGUGCCUAUUCACCUCAGCACCUCAGCACUCAAAACAGGGUCUCAGACGAUAAUGUUAGUGGGUUGGGAAGGUUCAUAUGGGAGCAGGUGGUCCUUCAGGUACGCUGGCUCUAAGCCAUAUUGGACUUUAGAGGUCAAAAACAGCACCCUGACUUGGAACCAGA